AUGGGGAAAUUGUUGGCUGUUGCGGGAGAGGUUGGCACCUACUAUCUCGGGGUUUCUCGUUCUGCGAGAGAGUGUGUCCCUCGGGAUGAGUAUGGUUGUGAUACAGUACUAUGGAAGCACUCGGAGGACAACUAUAAGACUCAUUUCUCAUCGAGCAAAACAUGGGAUCAAGUCCGAGAGAGAAGGGAUAAAGUGGGAUGGAGUAAGAGUGUGUGGUUUCCUCAGGAAGUCCCUAGAUACUCUUUCAUAGUCUGGCUGGCGGUAAAGAAUAGACUAUCAACGGGGGAUCGUAUGAGAGCUUGGGGUAUUCAGCAAGGGUGUGUGAUGUGUGGAGAGAGGGACGAGACUAGAGACCAUAUCUUCUUUGCUUGUCCUUACGCUUUCACCGUGUGGGAUAAGCUAGCAGGUCGAUUAUGUGACGGUAAUAUCGACCCUGAUUGUUCUAUCACCCUGCAAUUUGUCACCAGUAAUACCCUUAGGAUCAUGGACAAGAUUCUUAUCAAAAUGGUGUUUCAGACUUGCAUCUAUUAUCUGUGGAAGGAGAGAAAUGACCGACGCCAUCAGAAAGGUUUCUGCAGUGUGGAUUAA